AUUAUCCGUUUGUACGUAGCGACGUGUCUCCGGGUCGUAUUAAAACACUGCUUGUCCUGACUGUAGUUGACAGGCCAAAGUGGAGAAGUGAAAGUAAGCGAGAGGAGGGUUACUGUAGAAGGAAAAGUCACCGCUCCAAGACUGCUCAAACAUGGGCUACAUCACUCUACCGCGUCGCCUGUUCCUCUGGUGUAUGGCUCUCAUCUACAUGUUUGCCUUCUUCUCCCUCUACCUGCAGAUACCUGGCCUGUAUGGAAAUGACGGCUUGUUGCCAGCACGGUGGCAGCUGCGGUACAGUGGGAAAGCCUUCUUGGAGCAGCUCCUCUCCACUCCCACCUUACUUUGGCUUGGGCCACACCUAGGUCUGGACACUCAGACUGCUAUGGAGCUGCUCUGCCUGCUGGGGGCAGCACUGAGUCUGGCUGCUACGCUACUAGAAUCUCUUAGAGACAGCCUGGUGUUUCUGUUUCUCUGGGUCUUAUAUCUGUCACUGUGCCAGGUGGGACAGGUGUUCCUCUACUUUCAGUGGGAUUCUCUUCUUUUGGAGACUGGAUUCCUAUGUGUGCUCAUUGCCCCACUGACAACUGUGCCAGGAUGGCGGGCUGGGAGAGUGCAUGACCCUGUGACCUUCUGGUUGGCCCGCUGGCUGCUUUUCAGGCUGAUGUUUGCCUCUGGUGUUGUCAAACUCACGUCACGUUGCCCAACCUGGUGGGGCCUCACAGCAUUGACCUAUCACUAUGAGACCCAGUGUAUCCCUACACCCCUGGCCUGGUUUGCCCACCAACUCCCUGUCUGGUUGCACAAGCUGUCUGUGGUGGCUACCUUCGUCAUUGAGAUUGCUGUUCCCUUCCUCUUCUUCAGCCCUCUACGUCGACUUCGCCUCGGGGCCUUCUACAUGCAGGUGUUACUGCAGGUGCUGAUCAUCCUGUCGGGGAACUAUAACUUCUUCAACCUCCUUACUUUGACACUGUGUCUGUCUCUGCUGGAUGACCAGCACAUAUACUUCUGGCUCCGUAGGAAGUACAUACACACUCCUAACAAAGGCUCCUCACUGUGGUCGUGGGCAGGGUUUUUGGUGGAGCUUGCAGUUUGGACCCUGAUUGGCUAUGGAACAGUCACAUGUUUUGACCUGCAGAUUGACUGGGACAAGGGGACUGUGUCCUCCAGGACAGCAUUCACCUUUCACCAGUUCAACCAGUUCCUGAAGACGGUCACCUUCCCUGCAGUCUGGCUGGGAGUACUGUCUCUCACAUGGGAACUAGUGACUGCCAUGUUCAGGUGUGCGUGUGUGCAGGGGUUCUUCAGGAGGUUUUUGGGUACAGUUCAGUGGACGGUGUUUGGUGCUGCUGCUGUCUCUAUGUUUGCCAUUAGUCUGGUCCCAUUCACCUACAUAGAGUACGACAGUAAUGCCAGUUUAUGGCCGGGGUUGAGACAGGGUUAUGAUGCAGUCGGCCGCUACCAGCUGGUCAACUCCUAUGGCCUGUUCCGACGCAUGACUGGGGUGGGGGGGCGGCCGGAGGUGGUGAUAGAGGGAUCCAUGGACAGAGUCACCUGGACGGAGAUAGAGUUCAUGUAUAAGCCAGGUAACCUCAGCGCCACUCCCGCGGUCAUCACCCCUCAUCAACCUCGCCUGGACUGGCAGAUGUGGUUUGCAGCCUUGGGAGUCCACAGCCACUCUCCCUGGUUCACCAGCCUGAUGCACAGGCUGCUGCAGGGCAAGACCGAGGUUAUCGAGUUGAUCCAGUCUGACAUGUCUAAGUACCCGUUUCACCAGCAGCCUCCCAUGUACCUCAGAGCACACCGCUACAAAUACUGGUUCACUGAAAAACUGGCCAAUGGGCCAUUCCCUAAGCGCUGGUGGAGGAGGGUGUAUGUUGAGGAGUUCUACCCCACAGUGCAUCUGGGUGAUGCCUUCCUGGAGAGCAUGCUCAGCCAUCACGGACUCAAGGAGAAGUCCUCCCCUCGACGUUUGUCUGAGACUGCUCUAGUCCAGUUGGUGAGGUGGGUGCGCGCUCAAGUGAACGGUUUGUCUGCACCCCUGCUGCUCUGGAGCCUACUCUUCUGCAGCGCCUCCAUCUGUCUGCUCCGAGGACUGCAGUUUGAGGUCACACUCAAGACCAAACCUAGUGAACCCACAACCUUACCACACCCCCAAGAAGAUAAACAGACCAUGUCUGUAGAGGAGGUGGACGAGGAGGAGGAGGUAGAGGAUGAUGCUGGAAAGAAGACCGGAGGUUUUAAAGACGAUUAUGAAAAUGUAGAGGAUGUGACUGAUGAGGAUGGUUGACUGAAACAAUACGUUUCCUCCUGAUCUUUAUACCUGAAACUAACUCCUCUCCUGUCCAGCUGUCCUAGUUUGGAGAAAGCUGCCUCUCCUUACUAUCUGUCUGCCUGUCUUGACUUCAUGUCAGCCUUUCCCUAACGGCAAACCUCUAACCAAAGACUUGACUGUAAGUCAUGUGAAACAAUAGAUGGAGCUUUAUUGUACUGAUGGAACCAGUUUUCGGCUAUUUGCUGCUUUCAGACGUGCCAGAGGAAGAUCUAGGAUCGGUCAGACCGUAAGUCACAUCACCACACACAGGAUCCUGGGAAGAGUCACUACAAUCACAAUACACAUUUCAUUGCAUCCCAGUGAAUCAGUGCUGUUAAUAUAUUGUAUCACAAUGACUAAACAUUAUUGGUAGAUGCUGAAUAUAUUUACAAGCAUUUUCACCCAUUGCAAUCAUUGUGAUUCUACACUAUAUAUGCCUAAUAUACAUGUAUAUAAUGCCAUCCACUUGUGUGAGCUCUUUUCCUUAACACACACACGCUUCUCUGGCAACUUAACAGUGCCUUCAGAAAGUGUUCAAACCCCUGAACUUUUGUGGCUUAGGGGUCUAAGCCAGUGGUGGUCAAACCUCUCCUGGGGUCCCCCAGCAGGUCUGUUAUACCAAUCCCAGAGCCCGCAAACCUGAAUCAACUUGUCAACUAAUUUAUUAAGCCCAUGGCUGCUUGAUUCAGGUGAGCUGGUUUAGAGCUACAACAACAUGGUGGUGUCCCUAGGAGAGGAUGGAGAGCCACCUGGUCCAAGUCACUGCCUCUGGAGCGUAUGUAAUGCUGCAGCAUGAGUUUGAAUCUGGUCCACUGCCGAAACUCUUUUACCACUUUCCUGUCCAAUGAAGCAAAAGAUGCCUGAAAAAUAUAUUCUCAGUAUAUAUCAGGGUUACUGUGCUUAAUUGUGCACAAUGUGUUGGCGUGUUGUUUACAGGGUGUUUGGUUUGUCACUGUGCUCCUUUUGUCUCAUCAAGUGUAUUUCUCACUUUUGAAAAAUUAUCACACCCUAAUGUGGUCAUUAAUGCUAAUGUUUUUGUAUCAUUCAUAAUAAACAUCUGUCAUUUACAUGU